AGAGUGAGCGAUGCUAGAGACGGCGCAAUGAAACGUGGAAGGUCGCCAUAGGAGACGAUGAGAGGCAAGACAGGCGGAUGAUAGCAACAGGCCUAUCACAAGACUGCACACGUCGAUGAUAUUACAUAAUCGCAGACAAGAAGAAGAGGGUCUUGAGAGCUUACAUUGAAGAUGCGUAUUUGCUAGGGAAGGGAUGUCAGCUAGUAAGGACGGUUGGAUUGGACUUGCUAACCCUGAGACGGGGACGCUGCUAUUGAAAACACUGUCCAGACUAGCCUAGAGAAUCUCUCCUAACUUGUUUUUGGAAAUGGCCGAGUUGUACAAGGAAGGAAAUGGCCUUGGCUGGCUUUUCUGGCCCGGUUGGUGCUCAAAUAGCUUGAGUUAUAGUUGUUCUUUAUAUCAAGGAAUAUCUUAGCAUUCAAAGUCAUCUGGUUCAAUUUUCGGGUGAUUCUGGUUUUGUAUCAAUUUAGAAGAGUCUUGCAGUCAAGCAUUCUCUGUUUUCUUUUUGCCAACCGAAAAGCAGACGCUACAUAUCCAAACUUCGACCCACCAAUGGCUGUGAACAGAUUCUCCAGGACUUUUGUAGUUGGAUAGAGGAUGCAUUAGACUUCAUAUAUCGAGAGUCUCCUGCUCUGCUGACUUCUUGAAUCAUUCAUUGUUGAAAAUCCUUGAUGUUGACGAUGUGGUUCAGGUCAAAAUGAGGAAAGCUUUGUUUGCAGUAGCGUGCAUCGGAUCGGCUUAUGCCUUCAGCCCCGCCCCUCUUGCUGGCAUCGCCAGGGUUAACAAGGCGCCAGUUUGCCACAGGCCGCUCUCUCUCCGCAUGCAGAACAACGACGAUGUCGAGUACAAGCCCCUCAUUCCUACCCCCGACAAACCUCUUCCUCCUGAUUACAAGAACGAGCCAACCCUGUUUGAGCGUCAGGGCUUCGUCGAAUCUGCCAACACUCCUACCCCUAAGGUUUACAAUGCCGCCAUGGCAGGAGGUGAAGGCUUUGGAGGGCUGACCAGGAGAGAAGCCUAUGCCUUCGGAGGAGCCAUCUCUGUCGGUCUCCUCGGCGUGCUCUUUGCAGUGACUAGAAAUCCCGGAUACGAUAAGAAUGACGCGUCUCGUGAUGCUGGCAAGGUUGAGGUCAACGCCCAGGCCAUCUCCACCCCUGAGAUCCAGGCGAACCUCAAGGACCUUCGCAGCAACCGUGACAAGCUCUUUGAGCUCUCUAAGCAGUUCAAGAGCGACAAGAAUGCUCAGCUCAGUGAGCAAGUCAAGGCGUUCAACAUCGUCAAGCUCCGUGACGAUCUCAACAAGCUUGGCCUCGCCGCCUUCGACGAGGACACACAGAUCAAGACUGACCGUCUUUCCCGCAACAUCAUCCAGGACUUGGUUGAGCUUGAGACUGCUCUCCGAUUGAAGGAAGGAGUCGAGCGAAGCCCCAAGCGUGUCGCAGCAUCCGACAAAUGGUUCAAGCAGUCUCUCGCUGACUUUGAGAAGUUCUUGGCUUACUUUCCCUGAACGAUCCGCAUUCUUUCACAUCCUUUAACAAGUUCCUAUCAUUUCCAGUAAAUAAACAUUGAACUGC